GAAUAGUUCUGCUUUUUUAAUUUACUGUAACAAGCUGUUUUCUGUAUCUUACUUCUUGAUGAUGCCAGCAAGAUUUUUAUCCGAGCAUCUACGUCUGCUUUUACUUUUCAGCCGUCAGUGGAGCAGUUAUUUAUCUAAAAGCUGCCCUUAACAUUGACAAGAACUCAACACUUUCCAACGGGACAUAAAUGAUCUUCUGAACAGGUGUGGGCUCUGCUAUGAAUCAGUGUGAGGACAGAGAGGAGGGAGUCCCUCCCUCUAAAAGCACUCUGUGUGGGGAACAUGACACAAGGACCAAAGCUCAGAGCCCAGAGCAGCAGAACACACCAGACUCUGCUGGACUUGAACCUGGACCUGAACCCAGCUGUGUGUCCAUUAAGAGUGACUGGUCUAUGGACACACCUAUGAAGUUCAAUGAUGGACUCUACUCUGCUAAUCAAUGGAUCCAGUGUCUUGUACCCACCUGUGUGUCCAUAAAGAGUGACAGAUCGAUGGAUCAACCAUUUUUCUUCAAAGAUAAGGAAAACUUGGCCAAGCGAUAUACCUGUUUUGAGCAGAGAGUUCAUCAAGACAAUUCAAAUGUUCCUAGUGGUCAGUUUGCCCAGCAGCAUCAAACAGAUCUGGAAUCCAUAUUUACGCUGCUUGAGGACAACAUUGUCAGGUUUGUGAAAAAUGAACUGAAGAGGUUUCAGAGGGUUUUGAGUCCAGUUGGCCCAGAAUCUUUGGAGAGUCAGAGGGAGGAUGAGGAGGUGUUGUACGGUGAGGAGGAAGAGCAGAGGAGGAGCAGCAAAGAGUCAUUUCUGAAGAUCACACUGCACUUCCUGAGGAGAAUGAAGCAGGAGGAGCUGGCUGACUGUCUGCAGAGCAUUGCUUGUGAACUCACACUGGACUCAGACACUGCCUACAGGAAGCUCAGACUGUCUGACGACAACAAGAACGUGACAACAGUGAGAGAGUAUCAGCCAUAUCCUGAUCAUCCAGAGAGGUUUGACUGCUUCUGUCAGCUGCUGUGUAGAAAUGGUCUUACUGGUCGCUGUUACUGGGAGGUCGAGUGGGAAGGAGCCGUUCAUAUAGCAGUGACUUACAGAGGAAUCAGAAGGAAAGGAAACAGUGCCGACUGCAGGUUUGGAAUAAAUAAUCAGUCCUGGACUCUAAGCUGCUCUGGUGGUGGUUACUCUGUCUGGCACAAUGACAGAGUAACAGACCUCCCUCGCCGCUCCUCCUCCUCCUCCUCCUCCUCCUCCGGUAGAGUAGCAGUGUAUGUGGACUGUCCUGCUGGCACUCUGUCCUUCUACAGAGUCUCCUCUGACACACUGAUCCACCUCCACACCUUCAACACCACAUUCACUGAACCUCUUUAUCCUGGGUUCGGGAUCGGGAUUGGGUUUGGCAUUCGGUCAUCUGGUUCUGUGUCUCUGUGUGAGCUGUAGGAGGACAAAUCUAGGAUUUUUGCCUAUAUCUGAUAUUCAGACACCAACAAUUUCUUUCAUCUAAUGGAAUAGAAAACACUUUUCCUGUUUUAAACAUCUAUAUGUGUUCCUUUUUUAUAUCUGUCAAGUGGCCCUCACUUUUGUGAGGUUUGACCUGCAGUUACCCCCCUCUUGAAAAGGCAGCUUGCUUCCUGAAGAUUUUCCAACUGGAUUUCACUCAAGGACAAAGCUCAUCAUUCUUUCUUUUCUUUCUUUAUUUGAAAUUUGCCAAUGCCAAAAGCAGGUGAAAAACCUUAGACACAAACACAAACAGUCUUUAAGAAAAUGUAGAAACCAUAAAUCUCCAUAAUCCAAACUCAAAUACUUAUUUUUUUACCUACUAGAAAGGAAUCUCAAAAAUAGGUAAUAAACCAACAUUUAAAAGUACCCAAAAAUAAAUUAGACACAUUUUAAAGUACUGUUAAAUGACAAUUUUAACUUAAUGAUCUUUAGCAGCUUUUACAGCUUUUGAAUACACAUAAAUCACAUUUAUCAAAAUUACUUUUUUAAGGUACACCACAUUUCUUAACUCUUAUAUAAAUUAUAUCAUUUUAACUUUCACUUAAAUCACAUGACUUCUUAAUACAUCAUAUUUUAACCUAAAAUUACUAAAUGAAAGCUCACCGGCUCCUUCUUCAGUCCUGCAGUCUCUUUCCUCCAGGUCAGUCUCUAACCAUUUGUCACACUGCUUCCUCCCACCAUGCCGCAAGUGAAAUGACUCCAAACUCCCCUGAUCACCAAAUACCUGGUGCACACUCAGUCCGCUGCCCUCAGGCUGGGAGACACACUUGAAGUACUCAGGCAGAGAGGGGCGCGGCCUGCAGCUCAACUUAACAAUAUUAAUUAUGUAUAUUUGUUCUUGUAUUACAUUUAAUGUUGUCAGUAAAUUACAUCAUAUUCCUGUUACUCCUGCAGAAGCUCUUUCAUAAGGACAAAAUCAUGAUGAGAGAAUUUGAAACAACAUAUCAGAUGUACAUCAUAUGUUCAGUUUGUUUGUUUUUGCAUAAUAUAAUAAAAUAAUUAUUUUGUAUUUGAA